AUGAUCCUACUUCCAAAGAGAAAUCUAGCAAUCACACUCUUUUCCUUCCAUAUCUUUCUCUCUUUAAUUCUCAAAACCCAAGCCAAGUGCAACACUGGUUGUCACCUUGCUAUAGCCUCAUAUUAUGUGCGGCAAGGUACAAACCUAUCAUAUAUUAGCGAUCUCUUUAGCCAACAAGUACCUGAAAUUCUCAAAUACAAUCCCAAAGUAACUAACAAAGAUAGCAUCAACACUGGUAUUCGUCUUAACGUACCCUUUUCAUGUGAUUGCUUAAAUGGUGACUUUUUGGGCCACACUUUUACUUACAUAACCCAAUUUGGUGAUACCUAUGACUCAAUUGCUAAAUUUCCAUACUCUAACCUCACCAACAAGGAUUGGUUGCAAAGAGUGAAUAGUUAUCAACCAACUCGGAUACCGGACUAUGUUCCAAUCAAUGUCACGGUUAAUUGCUCGUGUGGAGACCGAGACGUGUCAAAAGAUUAUGCGUUGUUUGCCACGUAUCCACUCCGGCCGGGUGAGGAUUUGUCCUCCGUGGCGGCGGAGUCCGGUGUCCCAGCCCAUUUGCUAGAGUUGUACAACCCGGAGUCCAAUUUCAGUGCUGGGAAUGGUCUGGUGUUUGUGCCGGCAAAAGAUGAAUACGGAAACUAUCCACCUCUAAAGAUUACUUCAGGUAUUUCAAGUGGAGCCAUUGCUGGCAUAUCUAUAGCAGCAGUGGGUGGUGCUUCAAUUUUGGCUUUAAGUCUGUAUUUGGGGAUUUAUAGAAGGAAAAAGAAGGUUGUGGAAGCAUCAACUCUCCCUGCAGUAUCCCAAUACCAGUAUGUUCGACAUAGACUUGGUUCUGGAAGUAUCCCGGAGAAAGCUUCAGAAUCAGCUGCUUUUGCUGGUGCUCCUUCGCAGGGGCUUACAGGUAGUAGUGUUUACAAAUCAGUUGAGUUCUCAUAUGAAGAGCUUGCAAAAGCUACUGAAUACUUCAGCCAGGAUAAUAAGAUUGGGCAAGGUGGCUUUGGAUCCGUUUACUAUGCAGAACUAAGAGGAGAGAAAGCUGCAAUUAAGAAGAUGGACAUGCAAGCAUCAAAAGAAUUUCUUGCUGAACUGAAGGUUUUAACUCAUGUUCAUCACUUGAACCUGGUUCGCUUAAUAGGAUAUUGUGUUGAAGGCUCCCUAUUCCUUGUUUAUGAGUAUAUCGAGAAUGGCAACUUAAGUCAACAUCUGCGCGGCUCAGGGAGGGAUCCAUUGCCAUGGCAAACUAGAGUGAAAAUUGCAUUGGAUUCAGCUAGAGGACUUGAAUACAUCCAUGAGCAUACUAUUCCAGUCUACAUCCACCGUGAUAUUAAAUCGGCAAAUAUACUAAUUGACAAGAACUUCAGGGGAAAGGUUGCAGAUUUUGGGCUAACAAAAUUGACUGAAUAUGGAAGUACUUCGCUGCCCACACGUCUUGUGGGUACAUUCGGAUACAUGCCUCCAGAAUAUGCUCAAUGUGGUGAUGUUUCCCCAAAGAUAGAUGUAUAUGCUUUUGGAGUAGUCCUCUAUGAACUAAUAUCCGGGAAGGAAGCUAUUGUCAAGACAAAUGAAUAUGUUCCUAAAUCAAUUGGACUUGUUGCUUUGUUUGAAGAUGUUCUUAGCCAGUCUGAUUCAGAAGAAGAUCUUCGUAAACUUGUGGACCCUAGACUUGGUGAUAAUUGCCCAUUUGACUCGGUCCGGAAGAUUAUCCAGCUUGCCAAAGCUUGUACACAAGAAACUCCUCAACUAAGGCCAAGCAUGAGGUCUAUAGUGGUUGCACUAAUGACACUUUCAUCUUCAACUGAGGAUUGGGAUGUUGGUUUUUUCUAUGAAAACCAUGCUCUAGUCCAUCUAAUGACCGGAAGAUAACCAUGAAGACUCAUGCUCAUUAGUGAUGCAUGCCUUGAUAAAUGAUAAGUGACCUCAUGAAGAAAAAGUCCUAAUUAACAAUUGUUUUGGAUAUGUCCAUCCUCUAUAAAUAUCUGUCAAUAAGUACCAUAGAUGAUUUGAGAGAAGGCGGAAGAAAUGUAGAUAUUGUGUAGUAGUUUAUGUCAAUUUGUCUUCAGUUUUUCAAGAUUUUUCUGUGCCACCAUUCAUUGUGAGUUUUUUACCUGGUGUUUAUAUAUCUUUGCUCGGCAUAUUAAUUCA